AUGAGAACCAAGGCAAUGCCGUACAUGUCGCAUCCAUGCUUACGUUGCUUAGUAGAUUGGCUUUUGGAACAUGUGGUAAGCUAUCUAUUCCCGUACUUAACAUCGUUUUCAAACCUCCUCCGUCAGACCCCAGGAAUUCUGAAGACGAGGCUGAAACCAUUUUUUGAUAUCUGUCUCGACGACGUAUCGUUUGAAGAUAAGCUUUACAAUUAUAAAUUAUCUCGUAAAUCACAGCUCCUUACGCACAUCGCCAAAAUACGACUUUACUACCGGUAUCGCUCGCCAUUUAAUAAGGUUGAAAGAAUUGGCUCUUGUAUCUAUGAAAACGAAGACGUCAUCGUUUUAUUAUGGCGGUUGAGUACAUUGGAGUCCAGUUUUUGGGCGUACUUCCCUUCUUUCUUGACGAAAAAAGAGCCCAAGCUGGUGACGGCUGAGGGAGCGUUAGAUAUACAUGUGAAUCGUGAUGGUUUUAUUUACAAAAUUGUCAAUAGGAAGAUAACCGCGUCCGAUCGUGAAGGUGCUAAAGUCAUGGAAGCGAUAAAGGCCGAACAAGAGGCAAUCAGGAUCAAGGCUGAAGAGAAGGCUUUACGUCGAGAGGCAGAGCAGUUAGUUGAACAAGGGAAACAAUGA